GUAUAAAAUUCACAGCUACCGUCAUUCUUACGUAAAAAAGACUGGAUGCCUAACUCGCGAGUGUGACUUCGAUCGCAUGAUCCUUAAAAUGUUACGUCUACUGAUAAUAGCAUCCUUGUGUAUCAUCAUAAGCGCCAGUCUGAUACCUAACUCUCUGUUAGACUAUCCUCGCAGCUUGCGGCGUUUGUUUGGAGCUAAGUCUGCCGUUGAGGCGAAGAAAACUGAACGCGAAGUAUGUAAGACCGAAGAAUGCAAGCUGAUCGCGCAAAUAAUUAAGGACAGCAUGGACGAGUCCGUGGACCCAUGCGAUGAUUUUUACGACUACGCCUGCGGCAAUUGGACGAAAAGCAAUCCUCCGCCGGAAAAUAGGACCGAAUGGAGCUUAUGGAAUAUGGUGUCAGAAAAAGUUGACCGUCAAAUCGAAGAAAUAAUUACAAGUGAAGUGAAACAUGACGACACUUUCUCAGUGAAACUUGCCAAGAAAUGGUACCACACUUGCUUGGAUACAGAUGCCAUAGAAAAAAGGGGAGUGGAACCACUGCUGUCCACCUUGUGGAGACACGGAGGAUGGCCACUUAUCAUGGAGAACGAAGAAUGGAAUGACGAAAUAUACAACUGGCAAAUAGUCGAUGACCAAUUUGCUCGUUUACUGGGAUUCAACGCAUUCUACGAUUUACGUUACGCUAGCUUGACGUUCGAAGGCAACAACACGAUAGUUAUUUCAACGCCACAUCUACCAGAAGGUAUCUAUAGGCUCCUUCCGGACGAGGAAAUGCCCGUUUUAGACAGCAGCGAUGAGAACAACGAAAGUGGAGAGGGCAGUCAGGAAAAAGGAAGCAGGGAAAAAGGUGAACAAAAGCAGAACGAAGAGGAGGAUAAAGAUGAAGAGGACGAGGAAGAGAACGAAUCGGACUGGAACAUUGCUGAAGAAGACGAUGAAGAAGAGACGGAGAAGGAAAAAAUCACUGUUAGGGAACACCGUGUUAAAAACAAUCACAAUAAGAAGAAGAUUAUGCACAGACUUAUGGAUAAGGAGGGAAGGGCGAGAAGAGCUAGGAGGAAUAUUACGAACAAACAUAAAGUUCGUCAUAACGCGAAAGGAAAGUUGUCAGAGCGUGGACAUUCGUCACACGACGAAUUGAUUACGAAAAGACAUAACGCGAAAGACACGACGUCGAUGGAGCAUUUAAGAGCGAAAUUAAGCCAUGAUAAGCGUGACGAGAAGAGGAUGGAAAAAGAUCACGAAGAAAAGGAAGGAUUACGCAAGAAGAAAAUAGCCUCCAGAAGGAAGAUUGCCAGGCAAUCAGAACGUAGCAGGAGGAAGCAUAAUAAGAACAGAUUAUCGAGGAAACAUACCCACGGGAAGAAAUUGCACAGAUUAUCGAGGAAACAUACCCACGGGAAGAAAUUGCACAGAACUGGAAUGAAAGCAAAGGUUCAUGCCAGUGAAAAUCAUAAGCACCAGAAAAUUGCCGAUCGCAGAAUUCAUCACGCCGCAAACAAGAUUAGCGUUUCGAAACGUAGGCAAACGUUCGACAGCGCCGAAGAUACGGAUGACAGUACGAAUACUAGCGACGACGACAACAAGGAUGAAGAUAAUGCUGAGAACGACGAAGAAAAUGACAAAGACAACGAUGAUGAAGAGAACAAUGACGACGAUGAGGAUGAGGACGAAGAGGAAACUCUUGAGGAAUUGAGAGAAAGCUACCGGGAAUACAUACUAAAUAUAUCUUUAAUACUCUCGAGGGAAAGAGGAGUUCAGGUACCAAGGGAACGAAUUGUCGAAGAUGUCAAGGACCUCGUCGAGUUUAUCAUCAAGCUGGCAGAACUUGAGGUGGACGUAGAUCCAAUGAAUACGACGCUUCAGGGACUUCAAACAUAUUACGAAGCUUUGGGUCCUGUUACGCGCACUAACAGAAUCAAUUGGGUGAGAAAAGUGGAAAAGAUAUUUUCCGAGGCAGGAGUGGAACUCGAUGACGAUGUAGAAGUUACAGUAAUGUUUCCCAAAUACAUAGAGGAACUUCAUACAUUGCUCGCAAAAACUCCGGAAAGAACGCUUGUGAAUUACGUUCACUGGUCAUUCGUUAACAAGGUUCUGUUAGCUGGACCAUCAGAAUUGAGCGAUUUGACUAAACCAUGGAAUGGACGAUGGCCAUUCGAUUCGAGAGAGGAGGCGUGCUUGACAGCAGUGCAAUUGACUAAAGUAGCAGGAUACGAAUACGUUAGGAGAUAUUUCUCAGAAGACAUAGCAAGAGCGGGUAGAGACAUGAUCGAUGACAUACAAAAGGAAGUCGAACAUCAGAUUAAAUUAUCAACGUGGAUGGACAAAGAUACCAGACACUUUGUCUUGGACAAAUUAGUGCACAUGAAGAACUGGAUUGGCUAUCCAGAUUGGUAUCGAAACGCUACGCUCGCAAAGCGCUUUUUCCAAGGGCUUACAAUUGGUACCUCAUUCUACGAAAAUUUUCUGAGCUAUAUCAGGUACACUAGAUGGAAGAACCUACGAACAAUACUGCAUGACGAGAGCAGCAGAGUGGAAGAGAUGAUGGACCCACUGGAACUGAAUGCUUUCUUCAUGCCAACAGAAAAUUCCAUAGCAAUCACCGCGGUAGAUUUCCAGAGUCCAUUCUUUGCUCAUAAUCGACCUUGGUACGUGAAUUUCGGUAUCAUUGGAUACAUUAUGGGCCACGAAGUGAAUCACGGAUUCGACGAUUUUGGUCAUCUUUACGACAAAGAUGGGAAUCAAAUGGAAUGGCUGACUGCAAUGGCACAGGCUUACGAUAAAAGGGCAAAAUGUUUCGUGGACCAAUAUAAUGGUUAUAGUAUCAUCAAGGGGGAGAAUUACACGAUCGAGAAUUACGGCAAUCAAACCUCGGGUGAAAAUAUCGCUGAUACAAUGGGCUUGCAGACUGUAUUCAGAGCUUAUAAACGAAGGGAACGAGUGUGUAAGAAGGAGGAUCCCGUUCUACCAGGGCUAGAACGAUUUAGCAAUGACCAACUUUUCUUCCUGUCAUCUGCAAACUUGUGGUGCGAAUCAAUGCCAGAUAAAGAUAUCCUAAAGUCCAUAGCCAAGUACGACGUGCACAGUACAGCACGUUUGAGAGUUAUAGGUUCGAUGUCAAAUUCCGAAGAUUUCGCCAAAGCUUUCAAGUGUCCAGCAGGUAGCCCCAUGAAUCCUGAAAACAAAUGUAACAUAUGGGAAUGACAUGAUACAUGAAUCGGCAACGUAAUUUCGAUUAAAUUAAAAAUAAAACGUAGCUAUUUGCAUGUCACCGUGAUGGAUUCAACCAUAAUAAAUUUAAUUUGCAGUUGUUCUACUCUUCCGUAA